UAAAGAUACCGGCGACACGUCAUCCUGAAUAAUUAUUCUAUUUAUUGCAUGCCGGCAAUAAUUCAAAAAAGAAUGAUCGAGAUCCAGUGGCAAAGAAAGUUCAAGAGAUAGGAAUUACGAGAAAGUAGGUGACCCACCCGCCUGGUAGAAAUCGGAAAAUCAAUAACGUGCGGCGCGGAAAGAAGAAAAGAGACGGGAAUCGCGCGAUACGCGGAACGCGGCUCCCGCGCUUUUCGAGGUUAUGUUGCCCGUAUUUCGACAUCCGCGUUGUACGGGUACGGGUGGUCCGUACGUGCUAUUUUCGUUGCGGCGAAAGUGUUUAUUCUUGCCAGUCGUCAUAGGCGCCGCGCGUUACGCAUUAUAAUGUAUCUGAGAGCGACGGUGAGCCUUGACGAGAGCGCUGUGAGAUAGUAGACAAAAAUGGGCAGGAAGAAGGCUCACGCAAAAGGUAAACAACAGGGCCCAUCAUCGCAGCAGAAGCAUAUAUCCGCGGCGAAGAGGAACGAGCUUAAUGCCUUAUGCGAGAAACUCUUUCAUCUAAGCAGCAAUCCAGCGUAUGUGACGCAAUUAUGGAACAACUACUUGGAUAUAUCGGAAGUUCUGCUGAAGGUUAAACGUCUGGAGGAGAUGAAGACAGAAUCGUCCCAGCGAUCCCAGGGGAUUGGACAAUUUAUGAAUUGGCUUACGGAGAAUGGGGCGCGCGUGGACGGCGUGAGUAUCGCCGAAUAUCCGGGAUGUGAUCUGGGACUAAAAGCAGAGACUGAUUUUGCUGAGAAUCAAUUGAUCUUGGAAAUACCGAGAGCUCUCAUCUUCAGUACAUACACCGCAGCACCAGAACUGACAAUCCUGCAAAAUGAUCCAUUGGUGCAGCAUAUGCCACAAGUGGCAUUGGCAAUAGCGCUUCUUGUAGAGAGGCAUAAGGAGAACUCUAAAUGGAAGCCUUAUCUAGAUAUGCUUCCUAGCAGCUAUAACACAGUUUUAUAUAUGAAAGCCAAUGAUAUGAUGGAGCUCAAAGGCAGUCCAACAUUAGAGGCUGCAUUGAAGCAAUGUCGAAAUAUCGCAAGGCAGUAUUCCUACUUUAACAGAGUGUUUCAAAGUAACAAUAACGCUGUGUCAGUGAUACUCAGGGAUGUUUUCACCUAUGAAAAAUACUGUUGGGCAGUUUCAACGGUGAUGACGCGACAGAACUUAAUUCCGAGUCCGGACGGCUCGCGCAUGAUUCAUGCCUUAAUUCCGAUGUGGGAUAUGUGUAAUCACGAGAACGGCAGGAUUACGACAGAUUUCAACGCGACAUCGGAUCGCUGCGAGUGCUACGCGUUAAGGGACUUCAAGAAAGGGGAGCAAGUAUUCAUAAGUUACGGCCCAAGAACAAAUUCCGAUUUUUUCGUACAUUCGGGCUUUGUCUACAUGAAUAACAAACAAGAUGGUUUUAAACUUCGUCUUGGCAUUAGUAAAGCAGAUUCCCUUCAGAAGGAGCGAAUAGAACUGUUGAGCAAAUUGGGUUUGCCGUCGGUAGGAGAAUUUUUGCUAAAGCCGGGGACGGAACCUAUUUCCGAUACCUUAUUGGCUUUCCUACGAGUGUUCAGUAUGCGAAAGGCCGAACUUGCGCAUUGGUUACGCUCGGACAAGGUCUUUGACCUGAAGCACAUGGACUGUGCGUUGGAGACGGUCGUCGAGGAGAAUGUCAGAAAAUUUUUGUUGACUAGGCUGCAACUUUUAAUCGCUAAUUACCCGACGACAUUGAAGGAGGAUCUAGAUUUAUUGGAGACCACAUUGCCGCAAAUAAAAAAAAUGGCUGUUCAACUGAGGGUCACGGAGAAAAAGAUACUUCUAGGCGCAUUAGAAUAUGUGGAGCAGUGGAUAAAGGCUUGAAAUGAUAAUCGGUUACAUUUCGGCUAAUGAAUAUACAUAUACUUAUAUAAUUACGAGUUAAACGCAUCUCGAGAGAAAUCAAUUUUAUUUUUACAAUAUUUCUGAACGACGAUUUUGAAUAUAAAAGUAAAAUAUAAAAGCGGACGAAUUAUAUGUAAUAAAAAGCGUAAGUAAUAUAUAUCUAUUACUUAUAAUACAUAAAAUUGCUGGACGAGUAUGCGCAUAAUAAUUAUAGGAGAGAGACAUAUUGUAAAAUACUAUGAACUAUAUGAAUGAUCAAUGAUUAUGUGUACGUCUACGUAAGUGAUAUACAAUAUAAUUGUACAAUAAUUGCGUGCUCAGUAAAAAUAUCUUAAUUCUUGUUUUUGUGGAAUAGAAACUUGCAAGCAUUUGACUUUUUCUCCUUCACACAUUUGCUCUAUCUUAAAUUGUAACAUGAAUUAAACGCUAAUUAAGCGAUACCGAUCUAUGAUUACAAGAAUUGAUAUUUUACUCUUGCGCUGCUUUGAUAUAUGAUAUAAAAGUGAUGUCUAUACAAAAGGGAA